AGUAAUGCUAUUAAGCAGACACUAGGCGGUUGGCCGAAACGACCUAGUCCAGGAACAUGCCACCCUGACGAGACUAACAAAGUGUCUGACCAGCCCGACAAAGGUUCGAGACAAAUGCCUAAGUACGACAACACCAAACCAACCGUGCGCUCGGAAGCUUCACUUAAAGGGCUUCUCAUUAGGCUCGAAGUAACAUGUUAAAUCCAGCAUGUUCUAUAACGUUUUCACAACGUGACUUUGCUACUCAUCAUCUCUAAGUAGACUGCCAUCAAGCAAUUGCGAAUUUGCCACAACCACCGUCUCGGAAUCUGCAAUGGAUUCAGAACCUCCAGCUCCGCCGCAGAACCCGAAGCCAACCCCACCACCACCGCCACCGAGUGCAACCGCCACCACAAAACCGAACGACAAGAGAGACUUUCUGAACCACGUGGAAGCCUACCUCGCCAAGCGAGACGGCGUCGACAAGCUUCUCAAGAUCUCACGUUACACCACCAAGCUCCUCCUCGCCUCUUCCCCGAACCUCCUCCGUUCGGACACGAACCUCUCCCAACGCCUCAAGGCCUUCGAGUCCAGCGUCGGCGUCAGCCGCAAGGCCUUCAGGCUCGGGAAGUUCGUGCAGGAUCUCAACGCGCUCCGAGCCUCCGAUCCAAAACGCGACCUCGUGUUCUCCGUCAUCGCCUACGGCGGCGAAGGCUUCUACUACUUCGUGGAGCAGUUCGUGUGGCUGGCGAAAUCGGGGUUGAUCGAUCCGAAACAUUCCCGAACGUUGGGGAAGAUUAGCGCCUGGGCGGAAUUCGUUGGGUACUUCGGAAGCAUCGCGUUGAAAUUGAGGGAUUUGAGGUUGAUUAUCGAGGAUGAAGCGUGCUUGCAAUCGAGCGUUGAGAUUGCGGGGUUGAGAGGGGUUGGGUGUGGAGAAGAAGAAGGGAAAUUGGGGAAGUUGAGGGAGAAGAAACUGAUGAAGCAGCUUUCAGUUGUUCAGGAUUUGGCUGAUGGAUUGAUGGCUUUGGAUGAUAUAUUGGAUGGGAAAGCACCGUUUUCGAAGCCGAUUUUGCUUUCUUCUGCAGGGCUUUUGUCUGCUCUCAUCAGCACUCACAAGAAUUGGGUGUCUUGCUGAGUUUGAAUCAGCUUCAGUUUUCGCGGAAUCAAUUCUGACACGUAGAAGCUACUCAGGGAAGCUUUUACUCAAUUGAUUUUGGCUCUAGAAUCAAUUUUAGAAGGAUUGCAAUCUGGUGCGUUAAUUAGUUCCGAUGAAUCAUUUUUAUUGUUUACCUUUCACACAUGAAAGAUGUAGGAAAUAUUCAUAAUAAUAUAUAUACACAGACCCCGAGUGAAGUUGCUUGGUUAGUUGGUUUAUCUGCACUGAUCCUUGAAUAAAAUGACCGGUUGACCGUUGA